GCAGAAGCUUGAACCUUUGAAGAUUCGGUAUCACGGGGUCUCUGGUCCUGCCAUGCCUUACGAUGAGCGGUACACACCGUACAUCAAGCAGGCAGGACUACUCCCGUGGAUUCAGUUGGUCAGCCGGUCCACGCCGAAUCUGAACGCUCCAUUGGUGUCCGCUCUUGCUGAUCGGUGGAGGCCGGAGACGCAUAGUUUCCAUCUUCGGACUGGGGAGAUGACCGUGACGCUCGAGGAUGUCUCGUUGAUCACCGGUCUUGCUAUUGACGGGAUGCCUCUCUGUAUGAGCACCGAUUCUGAUGGGUGGCGCGAGCAGAUGAUUGCUCUUAUCGGUAUGGCUCCUACUGAGGCUGAGGCUGAUGUAGAGGAGGGAGAAGAGAAGAAGAAGAGGGAAAGGAAAGCAGUCGGAGCUGCUUUCACGUGGAUUCAAACUCACUUUGCGACGUGCCCUCCGGAUGCCACUGAUGAUGUGAUCCAGACACAUGCUCGUGUCUACAUGUGGUAUGUUGUGUCGAGGACUUUGUUUCCUGACUCCACUGGCAAGAACGCUCCAUGGAUGUGGCUGAAGGCGUUGACCGUCUUCGAUAGCAAAUGGAGCUGGGGUUCAGCGACUCUUGCCUACUUGUAUCGACAGGUAGUUGGUCUGUUUUGUGAUCAACUCAUUUCUUCAUUAGCAAUGCAAGCUUGCUGUCAAGUUAACAUUGUUUUUCUUUCAUAUGCAGCUGGACGAUGCGUGUUGCAGGAUCACAGAUAG